CUUGGUUAGUUGCGUUCCAAGUACCACCAAGAAUAGCCGUCGAAUCGAUGGCUCCCGCCUAAAAUAUUUACUAUCUACGUCCGUAAAUCGCUCAUAAACGGAGGGCGAGUUGUGUAAUCUUUAUCGGAGAAGUCCUUUGAUUCUACGCCUGUCGUGUUUAACGUAUCACAUAACAGCAAAUAUUUGAGUCUCAGUAUUCUUUACGAUCGAUAGCAACAUAGUCGUGCGUAUGCGUAGUCUUGUGCUCUCGUAUAAUUCUGUAUCCUUAUCAGUUGUGUCCCGGCAUACGAUAAAAGUUGAUAAAAGAAGGUGAAUAAUAAAUAUAUAUAAGCUAUAGAUAGGUUGUCACGUUUUGUGACAUUAGUAGUGUGAACGAGUGUUCGUUCAUAAGUUGAAAGUUUAUUGGAUCAUUGAAAGGUGUGUGCGUAUGGGUGAUGCGCCUGCGGUCGUGCAAGUGUUGCGUCGGACCUAUUUUCGUAGUACGGAAAUAAGAGCGGCAAAAGGAGCAAAAAGCUUACGGCUGCAUGAAAAACUUGAGGACGCAUUGCCGUGUGUAUUUCUGUCUGUUGUGGACCGAUGCGUGCAGUGUGUGACGAGUGCGUGUGUUCCGCGGCAAAAUGAAGAAGAGGACCAUCUCCAAACUGAAGUCUAUAUUCGGCUCCAAAAAAAGCAAGCGGCAUCUCCAACAGCAACAGUCGAAAUCGUCGCGGUCGCGGUCUCCGUCGCCCGAGCCUGCGCCGGCGCCGUCAAGCGACACCUUCCGGCCGAUCCCACGGACUCCGCCGCCGACGCGCGUCGGCCCGCCGCCCUCUCCGCCCGUGCCCACGCAUCCUGUCGCACCUGUGGCACCUGAACCUUCAGGACCACAAACGUUACAGCCAUGCUCGAUCUGCAACCGCACUUUCCUGCCACAAUCUCUUUCCAAACACGAGAAGAUUUGCGAGAAGAUGACCGUCAAGAAGAGGAAGACCUUCGACUCUUCGCGGCAGAGGCGCGAAGGGCUGACUCCGGGUGACAGCACUAGUCAUAGCGGUACAGACCUGGAACAGUAUUUGCCAAAGAAUUUUGGUCUUCCAGAAAACAGCCCGUUCCUGGAGAAGAGUCCGCCGAACACUGCCAAGGCCACGCCCAAACCCAAGCCGCAGUCCGUCCGGACAGCUAUCACUAAGCCGACGAGCGAGCUGCAGAAGUGCCCGCACUGCAGCCGCGCGUUCGGGCCGCGCGCAUUCGAGCGCCACGUGGAGUGGUGCGGGGACAAGGCCAAGAUCCUGCCCGGCGCCGGCGCGCAGCCGCCGCGGCUGCAGGACGCCAAGCAGCGGCUCAACGCCCGCACGCAGUACAAGGCGCCGCCCGUGCGCGGACGACGAUCGUCACAAACCCGCGACAAAUCGUCCAACAGCCGCUCAGCGUCCGUGGAGUCGUCGCGAGGCGUGUCGCCGCCACUUCCGCGGGAAUAUGGCGACUACCGCACAAGCAGAACCAGGGCCUCAGAGUCGCAGUCGAGCGGCGAGCAGUGUGAGCCGGCGCACGUGCCGCUGCUGCGGCCGGCGCGCCACAGCCUCCGCAGCAGCGGCGACGCCGUGCGCGCGCGCCAGGCGCGCCUCGCGCGCGACCUCAGCAGCUCCAGAAAACCCCAAGAAUCCAAACCCUCCUCUGCCAAACUAAGUGUCACCGAUCUCAAUUUAAAGAAAAGCUCAACCCAAAAUAAACUUAGGUUGAAUGUAAAGAAAAAACAACAAUUGCAAAAGCUUGAAGAACUUGCGAAUAAAUACAAAGAAAAAGCUACCAAGGAAAUAGUAGACGUAUCUAGUAAAAGAACAGAAGAUAAAAGUCAAAUUCCAAUUGUAAAGAAGAAAGAUACUAUCAAAAGUAAAAUAAAUCAAGAAAAAGUGGUAUGUGAAAAUGAUACUAUUUCGGAACUUAAGAAUGACAUAGACUUAUCCAAACAGGCAAAAAGUAAGGUGCAUAAAGCACCUAAAGCACAAGAGCAUGGAAAAUCCACACAAAAUACUAAUGCCAAAGAAAAAUUUGUUAAGCCCAAAGCAAGAAAAAAUGCUGUUAAAUUAGUAAAGGAAAAUAGUAUGAGUUUGGACAGCCUUGAAGAUGCUGCAUCUAAAAAAGGUGACAAGAAUUGCCAAUCUAUAGGAAUAAACACAGAACUUUUAUGUCCAUCAAUACCAUGUAUCAUUUAUGAAAAUCCUGAAAUGAAGAAAUCAAAUAAAAACAGGAAAUCAAAAUCUAAAGACAAUAAUAUUGUUACAAAAGUCACUAACGCACCUGAACCAAAAGUCGAGUUGCUCUACAAAAACUUGACUGUGGUUAGCUCGUGCGAUAUACAAGCUAAAUCAGAAUCGAUGAACGACAGCCAUUGCAAAGAAGAUAAUACAACUGGAUCGACUGACUAUAACACUACAUUUAGCACAUCUGAUCAUUUGAUUUCCGAUUUCACAGAUUCCACGUCGAAUAUAUCAAAAGGAAAACAAUUAUCUUCUGAUAUAGGUGGCCAAAAACCCUUUUCCGAUGAAAGUUUGAAAAAAGAUAUAGUUGAAGAUCAACCUUAUGUUUCUGAACAGAAAUUUUGUGACGAAAGUCCUUCAGUCGAAAACUUAGAACUAAAUUACGACGUGAGCGCAGAAACGUUCGAUUAUUCAGCAGAACAUAAUGGCGAUAGCGAAUGUGUCGAUGAUAGUUUUAGCCGUCAUGGAAGCGGUGAAACUUAUACUAAAUUUACAGAAAAUGCGGAAGAUUUAGAAGAAUUCCUUAAUUUAACAGAUAAAAUGAUUAGUGACAAAAAUGAUAACGAAAAUUUUGAACUAGAUAAAGAACUAGAUAACAUCUGUACACCUAAAACGAAUUCCAUAGAAGCUAUAAACAGUCUUGAAAACAUUACCACUACAGAAAAUCCUGAGAAGCGUGUAUUUUCUGACACAUUUGAAGAAUUGAAAAAUAAUCUAAAAGAGUUAUUAAAAGGUGCUAAGGCAGAGUCUGCUAAAUCUGAUAUUGCUGUAAACAAUACUGAUGAACCAAAUAAAAAGGUUUGCGAUAUGGAACACAUAACUGUGUAUGGACUAAAAUUAUAUGAUAAAGUUGAAAAGGAACCUUCUGAAAAGUUCAUUCCGGAAAACGAAGUACCACAAAUUUCCGAAAAAUACGUUCUGGAAAGAGAAGUGCCACAAUUCAAACUCCCAAGUAUAUCUGAAAACAACAAAUUGGAGAACAAAAUUAAAUGUAAUAAAAAACGAAUGCAGAGGAUUUAUAAACCUAACAGAAAAUUGGAAAAUUCUAAAAUGGUGGGUGAACAAAGUCGCGCAAACACGUUUAUAAAAAAUGAACAAGAAGACAACAGCGAUGAUCAGUCGAUAACAUCUGAAGCUCCACCACUUAAAUUGCCUCGUAUUGAAAAUAAGAGCAGUAACAAUGUGAGUGAGAGCAUUUUCCCAUCCUCCGUCAAGCGUUCCACUUCCCUCCUCGAUUCCAUUCAGAAGAAGAACUCCCAAAAACAGGACAGCGCGAAGAGUCGUAAGAAAGCCGAUCAGCUGGAGCAAGACUUGAUGCAAUCUCUCAAAGAUUUCGACAAAUUUUACGAAUCCGAAAGGCAUGAGAACAAGUCGAGUAAAGAUAUGGUUAAUUACAAUACUCCGUCGCACAACGGUACUACGAAGCGAGAUUCGCGAGUCAAGAUGGAUCGUAUAAAUAGAAAAGAUAAUGUGUCUAAUGGAAACUAUACGCCGAACGGGAAAGUCAGCAACGACUCUGCUUAUAGUAGGUUAGUCAGCCUAAACAGAAUAUCCCCAUCAAAGUUGUCGCUGUGCAACUCGAAGGAGCCGAACGGGCUGACGUCGCUGGAGCAGAUCCCGGCGGGGUCGGAGUCGGGGUCGGGCUCCAGCGAGGAGUUCCUGGCCAUGGAGCGCUCGGCCGAGCUCGACGACCACGCGCCCUACAAGGAGGACACUCACGCUGAAAAGCGAGUGAGUUCCCGAGCAUCGUCGCGACGCAGCCCCGAGGCGUGGCGCCGCAGCGGACAGCUGAGCUCCAGCGGGUCCGAGACGUCGCUGCAGCGGGACCGGGACCGGGUCUCGCGUCUGUCCCGCUUCUGCCACGAGUGCGGCAACAAGUUCCCCGUCGACUCCGCCAAGUUCUGCAUACAGUGCGGCGUCAAGCGCUUGCGCGUCUGAAUAGAUAUCUACCAAAGUGAUAACUACAGGACGUAGUGUAAAGUGUCGUCUUUUGUCAACGUCACGUAGUUCUGUGAAUCCCCAACGUUGUGAAUACGGUAAGAUGUCAAGUGGCAUCGAGUUAGUCCGAUCAGUCAAUGGAAUUUAAGCGUUUGUGUGUAGACUUCAAAGCAUCCUCGCGUGGAAAUAAAGCAUUCAUUGCGUGUUCUAAAUUCUACAAAAGUUUGUCUAUGAUGAUGUCCGACCGAUUUCUGUAAUGGCGACCGCCUCAAGAAUCUUGAACUCACUCGUGUUGGUGGUAUAUAAAUAGUAAUUAUAAUCUGAAUGCAAAUAACUGCUUAAAAUGUUUCAUAAAGUCUACACUCAUACAAUGUUCCAUAGUGAACUGUAGGUCUUAUAUUAAAAUUGUGAGACGAUUUCUAGUCUUAUAUUAUAAUGACGGCGAAGUACACGAUUGUUUCGUACAUUUAAAUUUGUACAUCUGUACAGUUUAAUUCGUUUUAUAAAGACGAAAUAUCGACUCGAUAUUGACCGCAAAAAGUUGCCUGCAUUUCCGUGUUUAUUGUGUUAUUUUAAACAAAAUGUACAGGCUCCUAUCGCCUUCAGUACUUUGUGUAUACUUUAUAUAUCAUUUGGGACUUAGAUAUGCACAAAUUAUCAUGAACAAUAUUAAUUGUUAAAAAAGACAGUAUCAAAGUGGAAUCUUGAACUUGUGUGACCAUAUAAGUUGCCACAAGCAAGCAAUUUAUCGACUAACUACUUAGUAUUUACUUUUUUAAAGGUAUAAUGAUUAGUUAACAUGCACCUUUAUUAUGAAUUGAAUCUACCAAAAUUUACCUAUUUUUAAAAUUGGGUUAAACUUUGUGUGAGUACAAUGUGCCUAUGAAUUACUAUUUAUUCCAUUUGCACAUGAAAUGUAGUCUGGAAUUUGCACAAUGUUGGAUUUCUUAUAUUUUAUAAGAGUGUUCUCCCAUAUAAUGAUAUGGCUUAUUAUAAAUAUUAAUAUAUUACACAUUUUAUGUUACAAAUGUUACCAAAUGCUAUUGAUAACUAAUUUGUGCCUUCCUUGCGUAGCUAGAGCUAAUUUUAAUCAAUACUGUCUGUAUUUUACCAUAUAAUUUAUUUGUGUAUAAUUUCCGUUUCUUUUUUACAAGAAAUGCCAAAAACAACGGCCAGAGCAAUCCUGGGAAUUAAGAAAACUGUGAUAUAAACAAAAGAUGCUAUACUAUGCGUCAGUUGAUCUGUUAACAAUAUAUGAUGGCCUGUGUAUCAGUGUAUCUCUCUGUAUUCAGUAUUUGUGUGUCUUUUCCUUCUUCAAGGUUCAAAAGUUAAACCAAGCCACUUUAUACUUAUGCGGGAGAUAAAAUACACACACCGACGAAGGCCAGAGUACACUAAUCAAAUGCUAACUGGCGCUUGGUGUACGCCAAAACUUCUGGACUAUUUUACAUUGUUAGAAAUUAUAUCGUUUCAUAAGAAUUAUUGAGUGCCAAUUCUUAUUUUUGUGUUUUGAAUGGAAUUUGUGUACAUGUUUUUUUUGUUAACGAUAGCCCUUUUAUUUUUUAUUGAAUGUAUUAAGUUUUCCAAGGAUUUCCAGUCUCUCGUCUACAAUGUAGUUGGCCAUUUAACAAGACUGAUUUUAUUUUCGAAGAUUUCGAUCUAUGAACUAAUAAUCCUUAGUUACUGUUGUAUAUUGUUUUUAAUUAAAUAACAAUUUAUCAUGUAAUAAAAUUAACAUUUUAUUAAA